UUAGAUUCAAUCUUUUUAGAUUCACCUCAAAUUGAGUCAACAAUGUGAAAGUGAAAAUUUAUCAAGAUCCAAAUUUUUUACAAAUAUUUUACGUCAGCUGAGACUUAGAAUUAACUUUCCCACCGUAUCAAGGAAUCUACCGACCUAUAUGUGGUUCUCUCUUAACAUCAAAUUUUUUUCAUGUGUGAUUGAGAGAACUCUUAUGCCUACUAAUGUAGAGUGCCUGUCCUGCCAGGAAGUGCCAGGAAAUGAUGGACGAAAAGCAGCAAGACCUAGCUUACAUCACCGAACACAAACAUGUUAUAGUGACGUCCAUUUAUUAGUCCUUGAAAGGCUACAUGGACCCACCGAUGACAAUGACCCACCUCACAAUCAAGAAAAAACCAACGAUUCUGCAGCGUCUGACGACCAGGUAGCCGUGCAUUUAGGUGGUCAGGUGACAUACCGGGUGGUACAGGUGGCUCAGGAUGGAGGUGAGGCACAGGUUGUUACCUCCACAGCUUUCCCCCCAGGCACCCAGGUGACACAGGCUGUCAUCCAGAGCCCAUUCGGCAAUGGCCAAGCAAACCAGGAAGACCCCAAUGCUGAGACAAGAUUCACAUACUUCCCGACAGUGGCGGGACCCACAGAUUCUGCUGUGACACAGGGUCAGGAUGUCCCCCCUGCUGCAGCAAUAGGCCCUGUCACUGCAGGAGGAGGCCAGUUCUAUGUGAUGAUGUCUCCACAAGAUGUAUUACAAGGGCAGAGAAACAUUGCACCCAGGACCACAUUUUCCCCCAAAACUGAUGGCCGCACAGCCCGAGAUGAUCGUAGACGAGCCACACACAAUGAAGUUGAAAGAAGACGAAGGGACAAAAUUAACAAUUGGAUUGUGCAGCUUUCAAAACUUGUCCCUGACUGCUCUCAAGAACAGACAAAACAAGGCCAGAUCGGGAGCAAAGGUGGGAUUUUAGCGAAGGCAUGUGACUACAUUCAGGAACUAAGGGCGGCAAAUGCAGCCUUGGCGGAGCGCGUGAAAGAGACGGAACGGUUACAGGUGGAUGCAGAGUUACUGGGACAGCAGUGUGAGGAGUUGAAAGCAGAGAACUCUAUGCUGAGAACGACUCUGAGUCAGAAUGGAAUUGUUAAGCUUCAGGAUGUGGCAGGCAAUCCAUCCUGAGUGGGGUGUGGCGGUGGUGGUGGAGGCAUUAAACCACAGCCAAAAGAGGGUGUUAUUCUCAAAACUUAUGUUAAGAAAAAGUUAUCCACCUCAGUGGCAGAUCUUGAGCUAUUCAUUUUAUGCACAUGGAUUCACCAAAGCUGCAAAACUUCCACAUUGUUUGCUAGGAUGAGUGACAUUUCCACCUGCCUUUGCUGACAAUAUGACAGGAUGGCAGGAAAGACUCGUAAAAGAGUAUUACCAAGGUAUUACAUGCUGACAGUCAAAGAGUGUUGCCGCAUAGAAGUCCUUAGUUCUGGUACACUGGAUGAUACUUGUCCCAGCCCAUUGUCCGUGAAUCCUGACUCAUUCGCACAGUGAUGUUUGCAAAUUACCUAGCACAAAGAUCAAAUCUUACCACAGUUCAUAUGAUGUUACCUUUUAGUCUUACACUCCUGUAAGUUUUAAUUGUACUUCAACUGGCUCUGGGUUUUAGAGUAUUUUUUUUUUUUUAGCUCCUGUUUUGUGAUAAGAAGUGGUCACGAGAUUUUUUCCUUUUUUUAUUUUUAUUUCUUCUCGGACAAUCGAUGUUUGGCUUUUGCUGUCAAAGCCAUGCUUAGUUGGCAUAAGCUAGAAGUUUGGAUUUCUAAUAUCUCAAAAAUAUAUAGAUUUCAGUCUGAGGCCUGCUAAAGCUGAUCUGGUUUCAGGUUAUAUCUGUUGGAUUGUCAUGUUGUAAAGUUUAUUACUGACAUCCGACUAAAAGGCUAAACCUUAAAAUUUUCUCAAAAUUUAUGCAUUUCAUUUUGAGCAACAAUCAUGUGACUUCUGUUAAAAUCAGACCAAAGCUCAAGAUGCAGUUCAAUCAUUUCACUUAUCUAUCUAAAUCAGUUGUAGCUAUAUAGCUAGUACAGAGGCUGUGGAUACCUAAGUUUCAGUGGACGUUGUUUUUUUAGUAAGACCUAACAAAAUCCUGAUUUGAAGCGAAAGCAGCUAGUGCUUGUUUAGCUCUUCCAUUGUGAAGGUGUGUUUCCUGGAUGCCAUUGAUAAAUCAGUCAUGGAGCUAUAUGUAGUAAUGUUAUCUAUACCCCUGUUCAAACAUCCUAAACAAACAUUGGGUGUGUUUCUCCUCACGCUUUUGUUGUUGUUUAGAAUGAAAGAUUGAAUGCACUAAGGUAAACUAAAGCAGCAAGAGUUCACAUCAGAAAGCUGAUAGACAUACUUCUGCAUUGGCAUUUGCUGCAUGUUAUUCCAGAUUCAGGAUGAGAUAUUUUAUUGUUAUAUCUUGUGAAGGACAUAAGUCAUCUUGCAUUUAGCAAACAUGUUGACAGUUUUAUCUAAUUCCGUUUGAAACUGACAACCAAUGUAACAUUCACCGCAAUGUGCAUGUGUAAGCCAUGUAACAUUACCUGUAUGUAUCAGUGGGAGAUACAUGGAAGAUUAAGUAGGGUUGUGCCACUAGCAAUGUAGGGGAAAAUUCACACCUUUGUGGGUAACUUUGAAUAAGAAAACCUAUGUGCUGAUCCAAUAAAAUUCACUUCACAAGCACAAGAUACCCUCAUUUCCUAAAUGGCAUGGUACAGUACAAUCUUGCCAACUUCCUUGUAAUACCAAAACCCUAAACAAAAACUAGCCCAUGGGACUGAGUUUUGGGAUUCAACAAGUCAGUUGAAGCCAUGCGCUGUAAUAUUAUAAUGUGUUGGGAUGGCAGUCUCGUGACAAAUGACUUUGGGAAUCGUACCAUUGUUGGUCUGUUUUAUCAACCAUGUUGGUUCUGCCUAUCAUUUCUCAUCUCAGAGAUGUAUGUUAUGUAGGAAACUAUUUUUAGUUUCACUUCAUUUGAAACUUCUUUUGUUAUUUAAAUGGAAUCUAAUGAAAUUGUUAUGCCUUAGGCAAGAUUCCUAUUUAUAUUGCAUUUGGGAAUAUUUUGAAAUAUUAAGGCAGUCAACCUAUACUUUGUAUCUCAGAUAAUCAGACUUUGGAGACUUGGACCUGUACAUAGCCAAAUUAGAUACCCUAGAUAUCAGUUAGAGGUAUGGCAUAUGUUCUGUGUAUAUUUUGAUGUUUUUGGUCUCUUGGACAUUGUGUGCAUGGUUAAUUUCUCUGUAAAUACAUGUAUCAGGCUUACCAGAAAACAGCACCUCACAAGCCCCUACACAAGAAAAGCAACUCUUGCAAUACACAAUAACAAUACAGAAAUAAUAAAUCACUUGAACAACAAUAGAAGCUUUCUUAUUUGUGAUAUCUUGUAUUCUUACUGAAAACACUCUUAUUAUCAUUAAAGCAUAUAAACGACACUAUUGUUCCAUGAGCUGCACGAUUUGCUUGCCUGUGUGGAGGGAAGAUAUACCCCAUUCAGUGAUCAUAUAUACCACGAAACCUAGUGCACCGAUCAUGUCAGUUGUAAGGCAGGAAGUUGCAGCAGUCAAAUUCUGCAGUUAACCUGUGCCAUUAAUAUUUCACAGUUAAUUUCUGUACAGGAAGGGGGUAUUGCUUCUUGUUUGAAGCCUUAUCUUACUGCCACAUAACCCAACGGCAAGCCAGCCAAAAAGCCUUAUAGUCUACCUACACCUACCGCUUUUAGUCUCGUGUCAGCAGACCAGAGGUUAAGGGCUGCACAGUGCAGAAGAACACCACUGUCUCUGAACAUGAAGACUUCUUUGUGGAACUGUUCACCAUACUGUUUAAGGUAUAAUUAGGGGAUUCGAUCAUAAUUUGAUUCUGGAGAAUUUUAAAUCUUAAUACCACUUGGAAUGGUUAGUGUUGACAUGUGGUUUGUUCACAAGCAAGUCUGUCUGGCAUAAUUUUACUUACGUAUUCUUUACCCAGUCCGAUGAUAUGAAAAUGUAUUCACACGUAGUGCUUUCGUAGACCUGUUUCAGAUGUAUCGAGAAGGAAAUUGUACGUAUGUGCACAUCCAUAAAACAUAACAUCAUUAUGGCAAGUGUACAUGUUUGUUGUAUAAUGAAUUAUAAGUUACCGUAUUUGAAUAAUGGCCAUUGUAAAUAAACUGAU